AUGGAAGGUGAGACCAUCAAAAUGAUGAAUCAAGACCUAGUGAGGUUGGAUAGGUUUGAUGGAUCCAACUUUACUAGGUGGCAAGAUAAAGUGAGGUUUCUCUUGACCACACUCAAGAUAGCAUAUAUUCUUGAGUCUACUUUGGAGCCUCUACCCGCUCAAUCCGAGAAAGACACUCCCGAGAUGGUGGAGAAGAGAAGGAAGAGAGAGGAGGACAAUCUCCUAUGUAGAGGUCAUAUUCUAAAUGCCUUGUCUGAUAGGCUAUAUGAUCUCUACACUAAUACUAAUUCCGCGAAGGAGAUUUGGAAUGCUUUGGAAGCAAAAUACAAGGCGGAAGAAGAAGGUACAAGAAAAUUUUUAAUUUCACAAUAUUUUGAAUUUUCUUUUAGUGAUGCUAAAGAUCUUCUUCCUCAAAUCCAUGAGUUACAAAUCAUUGUGAACAAGUUAAAGGUUCUCAAGAUUGAGCUUCCCGAGGCAUUCCAAGUUGGUGCAAUUGUGGCAAAGUUGCCACCAACUUGGAAGGGCUAUAGGAAAAGAAUCCUCCAUAAAAAUGAGGAUUAUUCAUUGGAAGAGAUCCAAAACAUAUCCGAAUCGAAGAGGAAUCGAGAUUGA